AGGUUUGGUAGUAGAAUUGAGUUGCAAUAUAGUGGUUCAUACAGAGAAGGGUAACGUGUGAUUUACAUUGUCUACUACAAUGCCGCUGAUUCAUGCUUCGGCGAUGUAAUAAGCAUGUGAGGACACGUACUCUCUCACUCAGCUAGCUACAUACAUGUGGCGCACCUGCUCCGCUCACCCUCGACACGUGUCUCGCCAACAGUCAAACAGAGCAGAGGAAGGGGGAGAGAGGAGCAGAGGCAGAGGAAGGGGGAGAGAGGUCGGCCGGCCAUGGAUGGCAGUGGUGCCAAGGCGGGCUAUGCGCACCACCACGGCACCGCCACUCGAGGCCUUUAGCCGCACCGUCGAGCUGUGCAACUUCGGCAUCGGCCUCGUCGCCGGCUUCCUCCUCGUCACCGGCGCCUACUUCUCCAACACCAAGUUCGACGCCAUCCACAUCGCCCCGCUCAUCGGCCCCUCCGAGAACCAGAUUGCCUCGCCGGUGGGCACCGACGGCUCGAAACGCCAAUUAGAUUUGGGCGUGUCGGGGCAGGACGCAACAUUGUCCAUGGAGGGAGCAAGGGCGAGGUGCUGGACACGGACAGUGAGGACGACAGAAGCAACCCCUCCUCGGCGUAAGGUAGGCAACAAACCAUUUGAUUAUUACUGUCAUGCACCGGCCAUGGCCAUGGCUCGAGCUGCAGCGGCCGCCUGCCUUACCCAUGCACUUUGGGGAAAAGGUGAGAGCAAACUGUAUACUGACAUAAACAAUCAUAGCUAGAAUGAACAUUAUUCGGGAGUGUCAAC